UGUCUGUAAACCUGCUUUCUGGACUACACUUCUGAUAACAUAUGGGCGGGUCCAUUGAGAACAAAACCUACACACCAGGAAGAAGAACUCAGUCUGGCUUCAGGUUUAUCAGCUGCAGCAGCUCUGCGGUCAUGGCUGUAUCAUUAACAUCAUUCGUGGCUUUGUUCUCCUGUUCAUGGAUCUUUGUUCUGUGUCAAGAGACACAGGAGCUGAAGGUGAAGACUGGAGAGAACGCCACUCUUCAGUGUCAGAGUCACGGAGGUGCUGACAUCUCACUGAUAGAGUGGAGCAGAACUGACCUGAAGCCAGAUGAUGGUUUUGUCUUCUUAUUCAGUAACGACCGCUCAUAUGAAGAAAUCCAGCACCCAUAUUUUUAUGGUCGAGUGGAGCUUCAAGAUCCAGAGAUGAAGAACGGAGACGCUUCUGUGAUUCUGAAGAACGUCAACAUCAACGACACUGGAACAUAUGAGUGUUUGAUUGUAGGGAAAAACUCAAGAGACAGAAAGAGAGACGUAUUUGAGUCCAUCAGCAUCAUCGAGCUGACAGUGACAGGUCACACAGCUGGACACAUCUGGGAGGGAUACGUUGGAGUUGUUUGUUUGCUUUCUCUUCUUCUUGUUGCUGUUGGUGGUUUUAUGGUCAAUCAAAUGAUUCAAAGGAGACACAGACCAGAAACAACUCCUGACUCAGAGAGUGCAGAAGACGCCCUAAACCCAUCAUCAUCAUCAUCAGUCUGACAUGAUCCAGGUCACACAGCUGGAGACAAGGAGGGAGGAAGCAAGGAGGAAGAUGUUUCACAGACAGGUGGUGUGCUCGCUGUUGUUGAUGUUUGUUUUAUGAUCUUUAGAAAACAUAAAGGAUGCACAGAGCAUAAUUCAAGAGAAAAUUCUGUAAUAAUGUUUAUGCCUCAGAUAACCAGCCGUAUGCACGUGUGCCUGCUCAGCUUUCCUGGAUGGAGCUUAAAUAACAUAACUAUGUAUAUAUGUACUCAGGGAUGAGUAGUAUUAAACUUUAAACUUUAAACUUAUUUGAAAUUCAAAAUAGGAUAUUGCACAUUUUUAUUUAUAUGGUCAACGAGAAUAUUUUUGAGGACUACAUUUGUGUUCCCUCAGAAUACUUUUCUUCAUCCUCUAUUUCUGCUCAGCUGCUCUCAGUGCAACGUCCCAGUGUGGGUCAGCUCAUUUAAUUUUACUCUGACCUGUUCAUUAAGCUGAUAUAGUACCUCUACUCAAUAGUCAUGGUUAUGUAAUUGGUGAAAGUGACUUUAAACUCAAACAGAGCUUGAAGUGGGCCGGUUCUCACCUGUACUUCUACUUUCACUCUUUGGCGUAUCGUGAUUUUGUCUUGCACUUUUAACAAGCCCCAUCUGUUUUUAGCUUGCAGUGCAUCUCUCUCACUUAAAAUGAGGGUAUUUGUUAUUUUAUUUUUAAAUACAGUUUGAUGUAUCUUUGCCCAUCCCUGUACUUACUGUUUGUAUAUGAAGCACUUAUGAAUUGAUCAGAAAUGUGAAUAGUUCUUUAUUGUGUUUGUGUUUAAGUUUGUUGACUUUGUCUCAAAAGAAAAGAAGGUAAGAUGGAGGGUCCGUGCACGAAGUAUAAUUCAUCUGCAGUUGUUCACAUUGUUUGAUGAAAACAGCUGAAAUACCCCCUAAACUAAAAUUUUUCAUCAAACAAUGUGAACAACUGCAGAAUAAUUAUACUUUGUGCAUGGACCAUGGAGUCUUAAAAUUUAAUCUGGCUUUUAAAACACAAUAUAAGCAAAUUAAAACUGCUUUCAAAAUGUUACUAAAGUCAAGUAUUUACAUAAUGUUGACAGUUUAUUUUAUAUCAAUGCUUCAUGUUGUAGCUGUAAAACAUUAAUCUGCAGAGUAGCCUGUUAAUACUCUGUACAUGUUUUUAUUUCAGUGUAUUUUUUAAUUAACAAUGUAAAUUUAAUUUUUUGUACCAAAUUCUGUGACCAAUAAAGUUUCACUGAAUUAAUGGUCA